CUGUACAGAGCUGCUCUCGCUGCUCCCACUGCUCCCACGAUGCACUGCUUAUAGCAGCUGUCAAAGAUACUGAGGGAUCCACGGGAGGAAAAAAGACUUUUACAACUGCCUGGAAGAAAGGGGUGUGAGGGAGGAGACAUUCCUGCGCAGAGCUGACCAAAGGAAAGAGUAGUGCAGUAUGAAUGCAUACCUCACCAAGCAGCACAGCUGCAGCCGGGGGUCCGGUGGGAUGGACGUCGGCAGGAGCGCACCCACACUGAUCAGGGAUGCCCCCUGUGCUUGUGGCUGGCAGAGGAACCCUCAGGCACUUGAGUACCAUUCUCAGACCAUGCCUCCUUCAGGACCUGGUGGCUCAGCUUCCAACAGGACCAAGUUGGUCACCUUGUGGGACAGUAUGCGGAAAAGCCCCCACAAGACCAGCACCAAGGGCAAAGGGACUUGUGGGGAGCACUGUUCCUGCCCACGUGGUUGGUUCAACCCAGCGCAGGCCAGCCCUGCUCCUAUAAUCGUCAAUACAGAUACUUUGGACACAAUUCCUUAUGUCAAUGGAACAGAAAUUGAAUAUGAAUUUGAAGAAAUUACAUUGGAAAGGGGCAAUUCUGGCCUGGGAUUCAGUAUUGCAGGAGGGACAGAUAAUCCUCACAUUGGAGAUGACCCUGGCAUAUUUAUUACGAAAAUUAUACCAGGAGGUGCUGCAGCAGAGGAUGGCAGACUCAGGGUCAAUGACUGUAUCUUGCGGGUGAAUGAGGUCGAUGUGUCAGAGGUUUCCCACAGUAAAGCGGUGGAAGCCCUCAAGGAAGCGGGGUCUAUUGUCCGGCUCUACGUGCGUAGAAGACGACCUAUUUUGGAGACUGUAGUGGAAAUCAAACUCUUCAAAGGGCCUAAAGGUUUAGGCUUCAGUAUUGCAGGAGGUGUGGGGAACCAACACAUUCCUGGAGACAACAGCAUUUAUGUAACUAAAAUUAUAGAUGGAGGAGCUGCACAGAAAGAUGGAAGGUUGCAAGUAGGAGACAGAUUACUAAUGGUAAACAACUACAGUUUAGAAGAAGUAACCCAUGAAGAGGCGGUAGCAAUAUUAAAGAACACGUCAGAUGUAGUUUAUCUCAAAGUUGGCAAACCUACUACCAUUUAUAUGACUGAUCCUUAUGGUCCACCUGAUAUUACUCACUCUUAUUCUCCACCAAUGGAAAACCACCUACUUUCUGGCAACAAUGGCACUUUAGAAUAUAAAACCUCCCUGCCGCCCAUAUCCCCAGGAAGGUACUCCCCAAUUCCAAAGCACAUGCUUGUUGAAGAUGAUUACACCAGGGAGACUGACCCAAGGUUCUGUGGCCUGAGCAGCAGCAGAAUGGAGCUGUCAAUGCUAAGAAGGGAACGACUAUGGAAGGACAGGCCUCCGGAACCAGUUUACAGCACUGUGAACAAACUGUGUGAUAAGCCUGCUUCUCCCAGGCACUAUUCCCCUGUUGAGUGUGACAAAAGCUUCCUUCUCUCAGCUCCCUACCCCCACUAUCACCUAGGCCUGCUCCCUGACUCUGAGAUGACCAGUCAUUCCCAACACAGUACUGCAACCCGCCAGCCUUCGGUGACUCUCCAAAGAGCCAUCUCCCUGGAAGGGGAACCCCGCAAGGUGGUCUUGCAUAAAGGCUCAACUGGUCUGGGCUUCAACAUUGUCGGCGGAGAGGACGGAGAAGGCAUUUUUGUAUCCUUCAUUCUGGCUGGUGGACCAGCAGACCUUAGUGGAGAGCUCCAGAGGGGAGACCAGAUCCUAUCUGUAAAUGGCAUCGAUCUUCGUGGAGCGUCCCAUGAACAAGCUGCUGCGGCACUAAAGGGGGCUGGACAGACCGUGACAAUCAUAGCACAGUAUCAGCCUGAAGAUUACGCUCGAUUUGAGGCCAAAAUCCAUGACCUACGAGAGCAGAUGAUGAACCACAGCAUGAGUUCCGGGUCCGGGUCCCUGCGAACCAAUCAGAAGCGCUCCCUCUAUGUCAGAGCCAUGUUCGACUAUGACAAGAGCAAGGACAGUGGACUGCCAAGUCAAGGGCUUAGUUUCAAGUAUGGCGACAUCCUCCACGUUAUCAACGCGUCUGAUGAUGAGUGGUGGCAAGCUAGGAGAGUCAUGCUGGAGGGAGACAGUGAGGAGAUGGGGGUUAUUCCCAGCAAACGAAGGGUGGAAAGAAAAGAACGUGCCAGAUUGAAGACAGUGAAGUUUAAUGCAAAACCUGGAGUUAUUGAUUCCAAAGGGGACAUCCCCGGAUUAGGUGACGACGGUUAUGGAACAAAGACUCUGAGGGGUCAAGAAGACUUCAUUCUUUCUUAUGAGCCUGUCACCAGGCAGGAAAUAACCUACACCCGACCAGUGAUUAUCCUAGGCCCCAUGAAGGAUCGCAUCAAUGAUGACUUGAUAUCUGAAUUUCCUGACAAAUUUGGUUCAUGUGUGCCUCAUACUACAAGGCCAAAGCGUGACUAUGAAGUGGAUGGCAGAGACUAUCACUUUGUCAUUUCCAGAGAACAAAUGGAGAAAGAUAUCCAAGAGCACAAGUUUAUAGAAGCUGGCCAGUACAAUGACAACUUGUAUGGAACCAGCGUGCAAUCUGUGAGAUUUGUAGCAGAAAGGGGCAAACACUGUAUACUUGAUGUAUCAGGAAAUGCUAUCAAGCGGUUACAAGUUGCCCAGCUCUAUCCCAUUGCCAUCUUCAUUAAGCCCAAGUCCCUGGAACCUCUGAUGGAAAUGAAUAAGCGUCUAACAGAGGAACAAGCCAAGAAAACCUAUGAUCGUGCAAUUAAGCUAGAACAAGAAUUUGGAGAAUAUUUUACAGCUAUUGUCCAAGGAGACACCUUAGAAGAUAUCUAUAACCAAUGCAAGUUUGUUAUCGAAGAGCAAUCUGGGCCUUUCAUCUGGAUUCCCUCAAAGGAAAAGUUAUAAAUUAGCUACUGCACCUCUGACAAUGACAGAAGAGCAUUUAGAAGAACAAAAUAUAUAUAAUAUACUACUUGGAGGCUUUUAUGUUUUUGUUGCAUUUAUGUUUUUGCAGUCAAUGUGAAUUCUUAUGAAUGUACAACACAAACUGUGUGAAGCCAUGAAGGAAACGGAGGGGCCAAAGGGUGGGACAGAAAAGACAUUGCAGUAUGCAGGAAAGUUUUGGUUUGCUCAAAGUACCAGGUGUAGGGAUAAACCUCUGAUGGGCUUUCUGCCUGAGAUGGGCAGCCUCCUCACCCCAGCAGAUGUCCAGAGCUGAUUUAGCUGCUGAGUUCUCUGUGUUUUUUGCUUUAAAGAAAAGUUGCCAGCACUUGGACUUCUCCAUCCUUCCCAUUACCCACAUCGUAGUUGGUACCCUUCGAAUUUUAUAACUAUGCACAUCCUUUGAUUUCUUAACAAGCAAAUGAAAGAAGGAAAAAAGAAAGGAGUCCUUUUGGAGACUGCAAAAUAUCAGGGAAGGCUGAGUGAGUAGUUUCUUUGACUGGCAUCUGCAAAGAGGAGCAUUUCAUAAAAUUGGCAAGUGUGUGGAGGACUGGCCUUACUGAGGGAAGGGCAUUCCACCUGAGAUUAGCUUUAUGAUUGUUUAUUGUCUGUUUUGCCAUUUAUAAACUGAAAGAAGGCACUAAAGAUGCGAAUAAUUUAUACAAUAAAGCUAUAUUAAAUGUAUAGAAAUUAAUUUCUAUAGGUUAAAAAGUUUUGUGAAAUAUUUUGUAAAGACUAAUUAAUUGAAAGACAGAAUGUAUGCACUAUCAGCAGAGGAUCAAAUUCAGGAACUCAAAGUUGCACUCUCCCUUCUGUUGCCAACAAUCCAUUAAGAGCAUCUGAGUUCCUCCCAAAGUCUGACAAAGACUUCUCCCUCACUUACCUCUCAUGAUCUCCCUUCCAUAAUAGUAAUACACUCUCAAGGAGCACAUCCCUUAACGACUUGCCCUCGUGGAUAUUUUUGGAAAACAUUUGGUUAAUGCAUUUUUAAACUGAUGGCUUUCAGAGACAAACUUGUGCAAAAGAUCUAAAGGGAAAUUUUACCUUUUUCUUGUUUAACAACCUGAGCCUGUCAUGAAUAUAGUUGAAUAUCUUUGUUCCUGGUUAUUUACAUGUAAUUCUUAAAGGGUCACUUAAUUUUCUGGCCAUGAGUAAUUAGGAUAUAUAUAUAUUUUUUUUGUAUGCUUUAUGAGUUACUGAGGGUUUUCAAACUGCAAGAGAUGGCUUAGAGCCAUGGAGAGAUCUGUCCUGAAAUGCACUAUUUUUUUGAGGAAGAGAGAGAAGUAUCUGGUUGGGGGGGGUGAGAGGUGCAGACUUUUCUUUCAAUGUACAGAGCAAAGUGAUAGAACCACAGAGAAAGACAAUUCACAACUUUGAGCUCAGUCAAUUGAACUGCCUUUCUUGGGGGCUGCACCUGGACCAACUUUAUUUUUUAGCAAUCAUAAUAAUGAUGAUUUAAAAAAAGAAACCUCCCGAAGCCUAUAUCCCACUUUAGAGCUGAUGGUGAUGUCAGCAUUGCUUGUGCCCAUGGUGUUUAGAGAGACUUUUCAACAAUCUCAGUAACCACUCAGCUCUGGGUUCUAUGCAUGCCCAGACUAAGCCCCAUCGCCUUAUUUCUGGGGUACAUCCAGACCUGGCAGGGAUUCUGCCACACUGUGCAGCAAACCAGCAUGCAGGCUAGGAUGGGAGAGCAAGAGGGAGUCAUCAGCGAUGAUGGGGCUUCUUCACAGUAAGAACAUCGGAGCUCAGAUUGAGGGUCUCUUUCCAAAAACAAGUAUAUCCAUUUUAUAUUAACCACCACUAUCUGCCUGGCUACAAUCACGAAAACAAACACAAAGUUGCAAAAUUGUUCAUCUACCUAGAGUCUUGAGGCUGCCUUUGCCAAUGGAAGGGCUAGCAAAGCAUUUCCCUCUAAUGAAAGUUAAAUUUUCAGAGAUUUCUUUAGAGUACUCAAAACAUUAAAGAGGUGUCCAUGCCUGCAAUUUGCCGGUUUCAGGUCAAGGCCGACUUUCAUCACUAUUGCUCCCAGAAGUUUUCUGCCACCAGAAUGCCAUUCCUGAUCCCAGCUCUAUUUUUAGGCCACCAUGAUAACUUCUUUGGUUUCUCAACUGAGCAUGCAACCAUUUAUUUAAAGAAAUGUCAUUAAUGAGUAGAUGUUUCCGUGGGUCGUGUGAUGUGCUUUCCAUUAAAUAUUAAGUAAUUGCUGUGGCUGAGUACAAUCAAAUUGAACCACCAACUCUUGGUUUUGUAGUAAUAUAAUUAUUUAUUUUCCUAGUGUAGAUGCUUCCAGAUUAGAACUGGCAUUUGCACUGAUUUUUUUAUGUAGAUUUAUAUAAAUAUAUAUACACAUAUAUAUUUGCUUGAGGAAUCACCAAGCCAAUUGGUGAGAGGGUCUUUUCCUAGAGAAUUUACACCUCCAUUUGUUGUGUUGUCUUGCGCUUCCCAAUGUUGAGGUCUCUAUGGCUCCAACGAACAGAAAUAUUUUCAGCAAAUCCGAUGACAUGUACAAAAAUGGCAUGAAAGUUACCCAGAUAAUAUCUGAUGUGCACUGCACUUGGAGCCUGGGGCCAGACUGGUGCUAACACUGCAAACUUUGUCCGGAGCUCUCUCCAAUUUGAAGGCUUGCUGGGGGCGCAACGUCACCUUCACGUGCUGGGCCCUUUCAGAAAAGUGCCAGAUCGUGUCACUGGUGCUAUUUGGCAUGCUCUGGUACAAUGUGUAGCGCCAUGGGGGUCUCAGCUUUACCAAAAUCAAAAUCUCAUGUGUCAGCUAAUCGCAGGGGCAUUUGCUUUUUGCUCUCCUCCCCCAGGGUUUGUUGGCCACGUCUUCACAGCCCAUUUUUCCUGGCUUCCUGUUCGUGGCUCGAUCCUUGAGGUGAGCCCAUCUCUCUGAAGCGCACUCAGGUGCUCUGUCAGCUGUCUUAGAUCUUACUGCCAGCCCUCCAGGACUCGCUCUGCCUCCCGCCUCGUUUUUCUCACUCUUUCCCUUUGUUCUCCCCUGCCCUGCUUCCCUCUCGCCGCCUCUUCUUUUACUAACCUUUCUCGUCGUCUUCUCUAUGUUGUUCAUUUUCUCCGACAAUCCUUUCCUUGUCCCCUUCACUCCCCCCCCCUUGCGUUUUCCCUCUUCAGUCUCAGUCUCUUCCCACUUCUUUUCCUCUUUCCCUCCUUUCCUGUCCUUCCUCCUCUCCUCACAUCUCCCCCAUCUCCUGCCCCAACCCCACUCCAUUUUUCCGUCCUAUCAGGGCUCAUGGCUGAAUCAGACAGCAAGUCCACACAUUGGACUGAUGGCACAAAUGCUUCCAGUCACCAUUUCACCCAUGGGUGGCUCGGAAAGCCAGACUGAGCGUGAGGUCCCACGCCAGAGCAGCUCCAGCGCCCCUGCAGAGCCGGCCUGCACCGCUGCCUGGCAGUGACGAGCAAAGCUCCGGACCCCGCCACACCUGGGUGCCUCUGCCUGAAGCUGUCCAGAGAGCCCGCCCCAGCACCACCCCUGGCUCUGAGGACACUCCCUUCAACAAAGGCAGACUCUGACCCCAACACUCACUCGAACAGCCAACCUCCCCCUUUUCAUUGGAGCCAUGCCACCACCUCGGUUUGGAGAGAGACAUAGUAUUUUUUCCAUCAUUAGCUUUCUUUUUUCCCAUUCUCACGUGAAGCCCCCUCUAUUUUUCAGCUGGUGAUUGCUCUGGUGAGAUUGAAUGGACUCGCUGGUGAAGUAACAUCUCCUUUUUCCUGUCUUGGUCCUGCCUAAAUUCCUACAAAAUGUUUAAGGCAAUGACUCAGGCUAGUUCCUAAGUUUAUCAGAGUAAUUAGUCAUUCUUGGGGGGAAAAUAGGAACAUUUCCCUUAAAGUAUGUGGAGUACCUUCUAUGAGAACUGGUUUACCAGAGGACUCCCUACAGAAUUCUGUUGCUACACACUAAUGUAUGGUAUAUAUGGUAUUAGAUCAUGUAUACACAUACUCCACUGGGUAUGAAUGAACGUGGGUGGACACCCACACACACACACUCCAGUCUGUAAAUAUCCUUCCUCACUGAAAACUGUGCUAUAGAAAUCAUUUCUUGUACAGCUGUGCAGUUUCUUGUAGCAGCUGAGGGCAAGCUAAGACAGGACGACACAGAUCACCUAACAGGUAGAAUGCAGAAUCUCCAGAACACCAAAUGGCAAAGUUAACUCCCAAUGGGAUGGCAAACUUUUCUUCUCUCCUUUUCGAAUUUGUGUUUCCUAAGUCUGUCUUAACUUCUGAGUGCACCAGGCUAUACCCGUUAGAUCCUUUCAAUAUGAAAUUUUGUGCUUCUCUCUGACAGGAUGUUUCUCCACUGAGCUGUAAAGUGCAGGUUGGGAGGGAGGGGGAACCAUCCCUUGCCUGAGCUGGAGCUAACAGAGACACUGCACAGCUUACACUCCUGUUAAGUGUAAAUAUUCGACACUUCCAUUCCAUUUGUGUAAAAUAAUAAAGCACACAUGAUUAUAAAAUC